AUGUCCGACCAACUCAACUUUGAAGACACCAACAUCUGGCGCAUCGGCACCGACAUCGACCACAAAGUUAAAUACAACUCCGCCGCGACAGAGCCCGCCUGGAACAACACUCAAAUCGGCCCUCAGCCGGGUCUAUGGAUAUGGCGCAUUGAGGAUUUCCACGUCGUCCCCUGGCCGACGCAAUUAUAUGGUCAAUUUUAUGAUGGGGAUAGUUACAUUGUCCUACAUUCGUACAUCAUUCCCCGGGCAGGAAAUCAGCCGGAAAGGUUGGCACAUGACAUCUUCUUCUGGCUCGGCGCAAAGACCACGCAGGAUGAAGCCGGAACUGCGGCUUACAAGACUGUAGAAUUGGAUGAGUACUUGCAUGGGAUUGCUACCCAGCACCGCGAAACGCAGCUUCAUCCAUCGGAGGAAUUUUUGAGUCUUUUCCCAAGACUGUCCAUCAGAAAGGGAGGGGUGCGCUCUGGGUUCCAUCAUGUUGAGACCGAGCAACAACUGACCGGUCAUACGACAUUGCUUCGGAUCUUUACCCAACCUACUGCUGCAGCACAUGGCCACUCGGUUGUUGUUCAUGAGGUAGAGCCUACAUGGAAAAGCCUGGAUGAUGCAGAUGUCUUUGUGCUCGAAAAGGAUAAUAAGAUCUGGGUGUGGCAGGGAAAGGAUUCAAGCCCCAUGGAAAAAGCAAAGGCUGCGCAGGUAGUUAGUGAUUUGACGCUUGCGAAGCAUAUUGAUGUUGAAGUCUUGUCGCAGACGGAGGCUAGGGCUAAGAUAGUUGUUGAUCUGUUGGGUGGAGGGGAUGCUGCGCAGUCUUCGUAUCGUACUGGACGGCCGAUUCGAGGUGCUGCACCAUCUGCUGCUGCAAGACCGCCGAGAUUGCUUCGAAUUGUCUUUGAUGAGUCCGGUCGGUUUCAAUUCAAAUUGGAUAAGGAGGGUGAUUCUAUCCGAGUAUCGGACUUGGAUAGCAAUGACGUCUUCAUCUUUGACACUGGAAAGAAGAUCUGGGUCUGGGAAGGGCAGAACACCAGUCCAGAAGUGAGAGAUGCGUGGAAAUCAUGCACUGGAGCAUAUCUGCGAUAUUUGCAGCGGGAAUCGCAGGCCCCCGAUGUGAUUGCGGCGACGCCCGUUGCGAAGGUGGUUGAAGGGUUUGAAAACGCGGCAUUCUUCAAGUCAAUUUCUGUAUAUUGA